UGCCAUCCUUCUCCAUCUCUCCGCUGGGCGCAUUCGAGGUUCUUGGCGGCCUGCAACGCACGAUCGUGUCUUGCUGCAUCGGCAUCUGACAGGUCGUAACACUUCGCUCGCGCUGCCUCCUGAAAGUAUGCGCGAUCCUGAGACUGGCAGCCCUUGUGCUUCACCUCCCAGAACCGCAAGUCCAAGUCUCGGACUCCCCGCCAGCACAGCAUCCCCAGGGACGUUGCCGCCGACAAGGUGGCGCAUCGCGGAGCUCGCCGCGGAGAGGGGGGUCGGAAGGGAGACGAGCGAGGGAUCAGGGCGGGGCCCCCGACGACCUGCCGGCCAUAUGUGCAAGACGCACGCGGGAAACCGAGGCAAAAAGACGGCACGGCGGCACGGCGGCCGGCGGCCCCGCGGUCUGUAGCGAGCGCCCCGUCGCCAGGGCGCGCGGGGCAGGGAACAGGGACGGAGGAGGAGGGAGCCAGGAGAGGGGGCAGGAGGGAGGGGGACAGGAGAUCCUGACGGCCGCUGGGCGGAGGACGACGGCGCGCUUCUGCCGCGCAGCUGCCUCCACGACGCGGGCGCCGGGGGAGGUUGCCUCGCAGCGCGGGGCGGGGGAUCAUUUCGCUCACCAUGCGGUUGCGUCCUCCCCCCCCCCGCCGCGGCCGCGUCCGAGAGGUGCGCGUCGUCAACGCCUCCCCAGCCAGGCUGACUCGCCACCCUCUCCACUUGAGAGCGGUCCAGCGCCGCCCGAGCGCCCGCGCGAACGGUGCGCCGCAGGCCGGCGCGGGCGCCGCACGGGGCGGGGCCACCGCGGCAGGCGGCAGCGACGCCGUGGACCACCGGCUGGUUUUAAGCUGGUUGCCCGUGGUGUCAGCGCUGGGAGGACACGCCCGACAGAAGGCUGGUUGCCAGUGGUGGCAGCGAUGGGAAGGCGCCGGGCUGCCGCGAGACCGGGCGGGCGCGAGCGCGGCCGCUGCCCGCGAGAGCGCCCCCGCCCAUAGGCGCGGCGGCCGCGCGGUGGCCGGCGGCCCAGGCCGUGAGGGCACGGCCCCGGCAGCGGCGCGGGCCGGGGCGGGGCACGCGCGGCUUGGGCACGCACCGUCGGCGACGGCGCCUGCCAGACUGGCUGGGGUAGGGGGCCGGGCCACACAGAGGACGCACGCGCCCAGCUAUGCACAGGAGCACGGCCCCUCGAUCCGCGAGACUGGCCGCGCGAGACGAACAUUCGGGCAACUAGGGGUCCACAUGCGAGGAGGAGGAGGAGAGGAAGGAGGAGGCGGAAGGCCCCCGGGCGGCAGCGCCGCGUCGGGCCCGCACGGGCGCGGGCCGGAGAGGCCGCGCGGGGGCCGCGGGGGGCUCCGCCCAGCGGCGGGUCGAGCAGGCGGCAGCGCCCUCGCCGAGGGGCCCGCGGCGCCGCGCGCGCGCGGAGGGGGGGCGCGCCGGGCCCUGGGGCCUCGGGCGGGGGGGUGCUAGAAAAGAGGAGGGAGGAAGCGGCGGAGCCUCAGAGCGAGGCCGAGAGGAGGGCACAGCCUCGGAUACAGCGGCCCGCUCAAACACGGGCAUGGAGGGAAGACAGAGGAAGGAGGAGCAAGAAGCGAGA